GUCGGGAUGUAAACAGUGUAACACCAAUGUGAACAUGGCUUCAGUAAAAUGCUAUCAAUGACAGAGGACUUCAGACCAACGAUUUACAUAUACACAUCAUUGCUUCAGACACGUGAAAGAAACUAAUAUUUCGUUUUUUUAAACAAAAAAUAUGAGGCUUCAUCAGAUACUCCGCAAUGCAGCAAACUUCAGGACGGUCUUUAACUUCGGCGACAGAGAGGUUGCCCACUGGUUCCCCAGACAUAUGGCAAAAGGUCUGAAACAGAUGCAGGCCAGUGUGAAGACUGUUGACUGCAUCCUAGAAAUCCACGAUGCCAGAAUCCCGUUCUCAGGUAGAAACCCUCUUUUCCAGGAUAGUCUGGACGUCAGACCUCAUCUCCUGGUGCUGAACAAGAUGGACCUGGCUGACCUGUCUGCUAAGCAUAUGAUUUUGAAACAGCUUGAAAGACAUGGAGUGAAGAAGGUCCUGUUCACAGACUGCCUCAGACAGAGAGAUGACAACGUCAAAAAGCUGGUUCCCAUGGUCACAGAAUUAAUCGAGAGCCAGCCACGCUUCCACCGAGAGGAGAACACCAACUUCUGUCUGAUGGUGAUUGGGGUGCCCAACGUUGGGAAGUCAUCGCUCAUCAAUGCUCUGAGGAGAACCAACCUCAAGAAAGGUCGGGGGUCAAAAGUAGGAGGGGAACCAGGCAUUACCAAAGCAGUGUUGACUAGAAUACAGGUGUGUGAGAGACCCAUCAUCCAUCUUCUAGAUACGCCUGGUGUCCUUCCUCCGAAGAUACAGAGUCUGGAGACAGGCAUGAAGCUAGCCCUAUGUGGAACCAUCCUGGACCAUCUAGUAGGAGAAGACAUCAUGGCAGACUACCUACUGUUCUCUCUCAAUAGACUGGAGAAGUACAGUUACGUGGAGAGGUAUGAUCUCAGGGAGCCUAGUGAUGACAUCCAGCAGGUGUUGAAACGUAUCGCUGUCAAACUGGGAAAGACUCAACGUGUUAAAGCCAUCACUGGAGUGGGUAACAUCACCCUCACAGUGCCUAACUACACAGCAGCAGCCUAUGAUUUCAUCAGAGCGUUCAGGAAGGGAGAGCUGGGACUGGUCAUGCUGGACUGACCACUACCACACCACAGACUGACUAGGACACAGACUGAUCACUACCACAGCACAGAUGAUUGGUCUGGCAGACACACACCGUACUCACAGACUCAGGAGUCUGGUCUCUCACCAUAGACCUCUACCUGACAGAGACCUUGUUGGAAACUGAAGAGUGCAUCCAUUCUACAGUAGACUGGUUUAUAGUCUCUGCUUUCUAGUCUCUGCUCUCUAGUCUCACCCAACACAGAGCAGCUGAUCAGUAAGAAUGCCGACACUGUUGUUUGUACAUAAUAUGUUUAUGUAUCUGUUAGUAUAAAUGCACACAAUCAUAAUAAAAUGUAUUUUAUGUACAGUAUCUUGAUUGCACAAGAGUUUUAAAUGGGAUUGUACAGUAACGGGCGAGGGGAAAGUGCUUUGGGGAAGGGAGUAGUGGGUUAGGGAUAGGGGGGUUGAUUGGGUGUGGCAGUUUGUAGUGUUUCGAUUCAUGGAUGGGGUCGAUUAAAUUUCAAUUCAGUUGACUCAUUGCUUUUGUCAUGAACAUUUUAGAAAGAUUUGUGUAGCUAGCAGUUGUCACUCAUUCAUAGGAACAGUACAACUAUUGCUGACACAGUCAUGGAAAGUCAGUGUCUAAGAACUUAGACGUUAAUUAUACUGCAGGGGCAUUGUCAUAAAUGUUUACCAAUAAAAGCCACAUAUUUAAGUGUA